CAAGAAUCAUGGGCGAUUGCGGUUGUGGCAGUAGCAGCUCUAGUGGGCAAUUUUCCCGUGGUGUAUUUGGUUAAUAAAUUCGGAAUCCGGACCAUAUUUGCCUCUCUUGGAAUACUCAGCGCCAUUUCAACGCUACUUAUUCCAACCGCUAUAAGGCUCGGUUUCUACUGGUUCCUCGCCGCUCGAUUACUGCAGGGAUUCGCGUUCGCCGCCAAUUUUCCGGUGAUUGGCUCGUUCUGCGCCAAGUGGACCUACUUCAAGCAGAAUGGCUUGUUUGUCUCCGCAUUGGUGGCAUACGUCCAGCUGGCUCCCGCAUGUACUAUGCCGGCUUCUGGAGCACUCUGUUCAGCAUUCAAAUGGCCGUCAAUUUUCUACGCUCAUGGCGCCGUUUCAUUGUUUCUGUUCAUUACCUACGGAUUGUUCUACCGUAACUCUCCCGGAAAGCAUCCGUUCGUCGGAAAUGUCGAACUACGAAAGAUCAGUGUGGGAAAAAUCGGCAAUCUCGAG